AUGUGUCCUACAGCAGACGAGGCGCCUGCCAGCAAUGGCGCCAACGGCACCAAUGGUGCCAAUGGCCACAGUGGCUACAGAGCCAUUCCCACAGACCAGAACUCUCGCCCUCAAUCAAGCAACCCAUACGCGCCCGUGCCCGACUUCCUCAGCAAUGUGUCGAACUUCAAGAUCAUUGAAUCAACGCUGCGAGAGGGUGAGCAGUUUGCCAACGCCUUCUUCAACACCGAGACCAAGAUCAAGAUUGCCAGGGCACUCGAUGAUUUCGGUGUGGAUUACAUCGAGCUCACAUCGCCCGCUGCAAGCGAGCAAUCUCGCCUGGACUGUGAGGCAAUUUGCAAGCUUGGACUGAAGGCCAAGAUCCUCACUCACGUUCGGUGUAACAUGAGCGAUGCCAAGCUUGCAGUUUCUACAGGUGUCGAUGGUGUGGACGUGGUCAUUGGUACCAGCAGCCAUUUGAUGGAGCACAGUCACGGCAAGGACAUGACCUACAUCAAGAACACCGCGAUUGAAGUCAUCGAAUACGUCAAGUCACAAGGAAAGGAGAUCCGGUUCAGCUCCGAGGACUCUUUCCGAAGUGAUCUGGUCGACCUCCUCACCAUCUACAAGGCUGUUGACCAGAUCGGCGUGAACAGAGUUGGAAUCGCGGAUACUGUUGGUUGUGCCUCUCCACGCCAGGUGUUCGACCUCGUCAGAACCCUCCGCGGUGUUGUCAGCUGCGACAUUGAGACCCAUUUCCACGACGAUACCGGAUGCGCCAUCGCAAACGCCUACACUGCGCUUGAAGCUGGAGCCACCCACAUUGAUACCUCGGUCCUUGGAAUUGGUGAGCGGAAUGGAAUCACUCCCCUCGGUGGACUCAUGGCUCGCAUGAUUGUCGCAGACCGCGACUACGYCAAGUCCAAGUACAAGCUCGAGAAGAUCAAGGAAAUCGAGGAUUUGGUUGCAGAGGCUGUUGAGGUCAACGUACCAUUCAACAACCCAAUCACCGGGUUCUGCGCCUUCACCCACAAGGCUGGCAUUCACGCCAAGGCCAUCCUCAACAACCCAUCCACCUACGAGAUUAUCAACCCACUUGACUUUGGCAUGAGCAGAUACGUGCACUUUGCCUCUCGUCUUACGGGCUGGAACGCGAUCAAGUCGCGUGCUGAACAGCUUGGCCUGGACAUGACCGAAGCCCAAAUCAAGGCCGUCACUUUGAAGAUCAAGGCCCUGGCAGACGUCAGGCCAUUGGCCAUCGACGAUGCCGACAGCAUUAUCAAGGCAUUCCACUUCAACCUUAGCGCGGAGAAGGAGCAGCCUUUGAUUGCGUUGUCGAAGGAGGAGCAGAUGAAGUUCGCCAAGGCGGAGGCUGAGCUGCGCAAGGAACCAGAGAAGAGAGAACUCGACGAGACUGUCGAUGCUCAGGCCGACGUUCCAGCAGCUAAGAAGAGCAAGACGCAAGUUGUGUCCUAG